AGUUGGCGUACUAACAAGAGCAAUCUAGACUUGACUGCGUUGAAGUUUCUCUUCGUUCAAUUUGUUUGUGAUUUCAAUUCUAGUUAGUGUUCACUUUGAGUGUUUGAAGUGACUGCAAUAGAGAUUGUAUGACAGUGGCAAUGCUGAUGGAGAAUAUUCAAUAUGCAACAGUCAAUAAUUGUGUAUGAGACCACGAAGCUGCAGAAGAAGUUACUUGUGCAUUUAGGAGCCUCUUGCCAGGCACAUCAAGCAAUCAAUCAAUAAGUUAACUUGGGAGAAGAUUCUUGGGAAUGUUCAAAAAUGUCGCUUCCAAACAGCAUGGCUGGAGCAACGUCUGUAACAGAAAAGACCAGGCGAGAGCCCAGUGACGGAAGGGGUGUGGAAGCUGGUGCGCUGGCCCUUUGGCCGAAGCCUCCGAAAUUGAAAUUGCGAAAAAUCAGUCCGGAAGAACUUGCAUUUUCUUCCGAGGAGGGCUUGCUGCGUCAUUGGUUGCUGGCGGUUGCACUGCCUGAGGAUCUCAGGCCUGCGAAUACUUCCAAGACUUCGAUGUCCAUUGCGGAGCAAGGAAAAAGUAUACUGGAAAGAGAUCGAGAGUGGGUAAAAAAUGUCCACAAGAACAAGAACGUGCUUGAGCAGUAUGUCAGGGUUUUGGACCUCAAGGUUCUUGAUUUGCGUCGUGUUGCCGACCUCAGAAUUUCAUCAGCCGUAGUGAAUAUCCGUACGCUCUUCGAGUAUUCGUGCAUCGACAAUGACUUGCACAUCUGUCCCUGGGAGGCGCUGCGGACCUCUACCAUGCUGUUGGCCUCUACCCUGCUCCAGUUUCGCGAGGCUUUUCACAAUAGCAUUACCAUCAUGGACUUUGCCAACAUCGCUGGAGGCCUUCAUAAAGUCGACGCGGCAAUAAAGCAUCGCAUGCUUCCCGGUCGUGUGGCGCGCAGCGUCGCUUCUUCGAAUCCUCAGCCUCCAGCCAGUCAGUUUUUCCUUGAUAACGAAAAAGCCGAGCAAAACUUUCAGAUGCAGCUUCUUUGCAUCCUCCACCUUGGCAAGGAAGACCACAAGCACGAUCUACAUCCGAUUUGUUCUUCUGAGCCAGCAUUUCUAUGGUGAGUUUUCCAAUUUCAAUGAUCCAGUUCCCCUGUUCUGCAAAUGAUAGAAAUAAGAAGAUGAAGAAGAUGAACACGAUGAUCCUAGUACUUUCAUGAAUAUGAAGAUCAUCAACAGCAUGAACAUGAUGGAAAUCAUUGCAAUCCCAUAGUGACAAAGAUCACACCACUGGAGUAAGUACCAUGCUAAUGAUGUGGAUCCUUAUCGUGAUACUUAUGAACAAGAAGGUCCACACAUUUGACAACUUUGCAACCGCGUGAGAAUCAUGCAAGACCUUCACAAUUUGCACAACUGAAACAGGCCGGGAAUUAUAAAAAAAACGCAUCACCACAAGGGUGAAAAUAUACAGUCCUAGUGCUCACAAACAGCGAGUUAUUAGCCUUUUAUACGCGCACUAGAACAAUUUUUUUUGACUUAGAACCCACCAAAUUUUUGACUUUUUUGGUCUAGUAUUUUUUUGGUUUUUUAGGUUAGAAAAAUUUGGCGUUUUCGUUCCUGUACGCAGUGGCAGUCCCGAUUCAGUCGGAUUUUGGCCCCGCGCGUUUCUCCAGGCGGCACUGUUCUUCGAUACGUCGAGAACGAUCCCGUCGACCCUAAAGCAGACUCAGCAUCUGCUUCACAAAAAUAAACCAACUUUAGCCCAGUGGCGGGGCAACUAAAACAAAACAGAAAAGGCACCAAGCUCCCGACUUAGUCGGCAGCAGCCAUAAACAAAAAUCUGUAGCUGUUCGGGUGUGGCUCCUCGACAGUAAUUCAGAUUAGCUUUGGUUACGACCUCAGCUAUACAAGAAAAAAAGUCUCACGGUACGACCGAAGACAGGGCAAAGCCGUCGCCACGGCCCACCUAAAGACCCUCGGACUGAGUCCGACGGCACCCAAGAAAGAGAAAAACGAGCUUUCGCGAAACGCGACUGCUUCAAAAGUAAAAACCUGCGCUCGCCCAGGCGACCGCAACCCCACAAAAAGACGCGUCCUUCUUCGUUUGGCGGAGAAGUUCGUGCGCCCGAAACCCCGGAAGGGGCGAUAUCGCGACACACGGCUGCGCGUCCAUCUAACACCUUGUCUUUUUUUCGGCAGAUUUUGUUACUUGACCUUUGACGUGAGUCGGAUCCCGUGCAAAAUCUCCCCAUAAAGAGGCUUGCGCAGUGGGAAAGCUAGCAGCAAUUUGCCAAGGCGCGAUAUCUCGGGUGCUUCGGUGGUGAUCAGGAUCCCACCCCACUGAAAAAAAAAAAAAUGGCCCCAGCCAUGAAAAUUUACGCUGCGCGCGUGAAGCGCUUGGAGCAGUAUGUCAUCAGUGGAAUGGCGUUUGUCUACAUUGAGCCAGAAUACUACAAUGCCGAAAGAAAAGGCAGCAUCAAGCACAGGUGCGGCGUCAUCAACGUCGACGGCUCACCUGACUACGAAGAUGCCGAAGUAGACUGCUACCCCUCGGAAGCACACGGCGGCGGCAGAUUCGUCUACUGCAAAAUCAAGAGGGAAGACUGGCCUGAGGGUGCUAAACCUCUGAAAGAGGGGGACCCACUCUGGGAAGAGCGAGUUCUGAAAUCGCAAAUUGAUGCUUGCCUCCAGGAGAUAAAUACUCUCAAAGAGGACAACGAAGUCGGUGAAAUCUACAGUAGCCUAAUCGACAACCAUACGGACUUCGCCAAAUCGGACGAAGAGGAGGACCCCUCGCAAACGGGUGAGGAAACCCCUCCACCGGCGGAGGAGGAUGGAGACAAAACACCGUGGAAAACGGUGGAGUCGCGCCGCAGGAUAAAGGUCGAGCAAAACAUAGUGCCACUCAAAAAGAUUGAGGAGCGCGAUAUGUGGCUCAAGAAGCUCGCAAAGUUUCGCGCGACGUAUGAGCGUCAUCUCGACUUGGAUGAUCUCGUCUAUCGCGUCGAACAGUCCAUCAAGAUCGGACAAGAAUGCGCCGACCACCUUGCGACGAAAACCUUCGCAACCGUCGAGGAACUGCUGGAAGAACUAGAGCGGUGGAUAAAUCCCCGUCAACAGCAGAAAAUCUGGGAUGAUUUUUGGCAGCUCAUCGAGUUCCAAGCAUCCUCAAAAAACGUUGUCAGCGCGGAGCGAGAUUUCCGCAUCAUAUAUGCCAAAGUCAAGGGCAUGACGAUGGAGCAGGUUGCAGGAAUGUGCUACCUCAAAGGCAUCGGGAGUGACAUCCCUUCGCAAGAAAUGCAGGGAAUCCAAAGAGACCUCAGAGGCGACUUCGAGUUGGAGAAUGUUGUCAAGGAAGCAAAAUACUCCUUGCAUAACAAAGUCAACUUGGACGGGCGCGCUGCUACACGCACGCCGGGCGCUGAGGAAGUCUUUCAAGUCACGGACCCACCUGCAACAUCCAAACAGCACAAAGCUGGCACGUGCUACAACUGUGGCUCUUCGGCGCACACGAUGUGGCAAUGCACCAAACCAAUCUCCGAACAGGCAAAGAAGAUACUCUCCAGGCAGGCUCAAAAGAAGACAGAGGCCAGUGGAAGAGGUAAAGGUAAAGGUAAGGGCAAAGGAAAAGGUAAAGGAGGAAAAUAUGGAGGAACGCAAAACAAGGAUCAGCCUAAGGGCAUGACUACCAAUCCAUCCGGGUCAGGCAAGAAGAGGGACGGCAUCGCCUCGCACAUCACAGUGCUCGGCGGCGUUGUGCCGCCGUUGUGACUCAACAGCGAAUCUCAAAAGAGAAGGAUGGAAAACCUUGGGACGGGAUUAGUAUCGUACUCGGUCCCCGUGCCCAAGGUAAGAAGAUCCAGUGGCGGGUGGCGUCCACCUGGAUCAGAAAGCCUCCAUGGGAUGCAUGGAGCAAAGGAACGAAGCGUACACUGGAUCGAUUUCCUUCGUGAGAAGGGAGGUGAUCUCGUCAAUGCUAUUGACAAAGACAGCCUGGCGCCGCGGCAACCUCCGUCGUGUGCGUGCAGGCAAGACUCGCAAAAGGAUGGGCGUCCCAUCUGCGAGCCAGUCGUCAGCGAGGGCGACCAAAAACAACUUCUCGACACGUCGCAGCAUCAGUCCGCGACGGGACAGAAAGAAGGAACUCGGCAGCCCUUGGAUCAGGCGCGCAUGCGCACGGUUCAAGAAUUCGAAAACAUCCUUCUGCACACUGUCAGCGAUGAGAUCGAAACUGAGUGGAUCUUAGACAGUGGAGCCACAAUAUUUUGUGUCAAAGACUCCAACAUGAUCCGUGCUCCGACCAAAGACGGCGGGAAAAUCCAACAAGCGGAUGGAUCGCAUGUUAAUGGCGGCUACAUGGCAUCACUACGGACACUAACGGCAGACAACGGGCAUAAGUUGGCCCUUCGCCGUGCGUACUAUAAUCCGAAAAUGGCGCGAAAUAUCGCCAGUCUCAGCAUGCUCUUGGACGCAGGUUUUACCGUCACAGAAAAUUUCGACGGACUGCGAACACCUAGCGGGACGCUGAUCCCAAUCACAAAGAGGGGAGGACUAUACUUCUUCCGCCUCAGCUACAGGCCUGACCUGGACUCGGGAGAGCUCAACGUGACCCAAGAGGUCAUCCACAACAGGAUGGGGCAUUCAACCUACAUGCCGUCCUGUGAGGCUUGCCGACUGAAUAAGGCUCGCCGGAAACCGUUCAGCAAAGAAACGCGCGAACGACUCCUCCCGGCCGAAGCUGGGCACACAAUCAGCGUGGACCUCUGCGGGCCGCUACCUGAAUCGAUAGGCGGCAACCGCUACUGGGCCAUCAUCGUGGAUAGAUAUGACUCGUGGGUAGAAGUCUUCCCAAUUGCGCGCAAAAGCGACGCACACACCGGACUCCAGAAAUGGAUGGACAUGUUUGGAGUGCCGAAAGUCUGCCGCUCGGACAACGGAAAAGAAUUCGACGGCGACUUCCUCAAACUGUUGAGAAAGCACGGCAUCAGGCCGCGCAAGACAUCACCGUACUCACCGGCGCAAAAUGGUAGCGCGGAAGUUCAUAAUCGUCUCGUCAUGCAGGGGAUGAAGUGUCUCCUAGAUACAGCGCGACUCCCGGACACCUAUUGGGGUUUCGCGGCACAGGCAUUCUGCUAUGCAUUAAACAGGUCGCCACGCGCGAUACUCGGGAGCGUGAGCUCCUACGAAAAGCGUAACGGGGUUAAGCCCGGCGCGCAGCAUAUGCGGACCUUCGGGACGCCUUGCCGAUACAAAAACUUCGUGAAAACGAAGAUGGAGCGCGCGUAUCUUCCGGGUAUUUUUGUAGGAUACUCGCACCUAUCGCCAGACUAUUUAGUCUGGGACGAGCAGAAGAAAAAGGUCACCAGGACCAGGGAAGUAGACUUUGGCGCGGAGCCAACAUACAGGGGGGAUUCAUCCCGCCCGUCCAUCGCUCCCGAAGCGAAACCGGACAAAAGUGGAGACAGUGGACAACCAGAAAAGGCUGACGCCGCACAGUCGGGGUCCGUAGUCCGUCUCACGCGUGAUAUGUUGGAGAAGCUCCAAGUCCCAAAGAAUCUGAGUCGGUAUCAACUCUUCAGCUGUGGAGACAAAAUCCCCGCCAAGCUCAAGCGCCUCGGCGCGGCUGUUCUCCGAGUCAAUAAAUAUUUUCCAGCUGAUCCAGCUAGGUACAUUCCAAACAGCACAGGCCUCUGCGCUGAAGUGUCUGACGGUAUCAAGACACAUGAGAACUACUCGCAAUUCCUCAGCGAUGCGACCAAACUUCUCAAAAAGAGCGGAAAGCUCGUGCUCCAGUGCUCGAAAGGUCGCCAUAGAUCAGUGGCACUCGCGGAAGCGCUCCGUGAGGAAAUGGGCUUAGAGAGUCGGCCUGUACACCUUAACCUGCAGCGAGAACUGGAGAGACGCAGUAAGCACAAGGAAGAAGAGACCUUGCUUCCCAGUGGACACACUGCGGCAGUCACAUUCAUCGAGGACCUGUCCCCUCAGAGUGUCGACUUCAUAGCCAACAUCAUCGAGAAUCAAUCAGAAAUCGAGAUUGGCGACACUACGGACGCUCUGACCCACGAUGAGUAUGUCCUCCUGCUAAGGACCUUGACGCGAAAACAGGCACUCGCAGAGGAUCCAGGAGGCUGGGCCGCCGCGCUGGCGUCAGAGCUAAACUCGAUCAAGGGACGAGACGUAUUCGAUGAAAUAUCGGUCAACGACCUGCCUCCAGGAGCGAAGGCUGUGCCGAUACGAGUACUAUAUAAUGUCAAAGAGUGUGGGCGACUCAAAUGUCGCGCCGUCGUGCUCGGAAACCGAGUAGAAUACCAAGAGAGCAUCUACUCGCCCGUCCCUCGGAUCCCAAGUAUUCGGCUCAUGUUCAAGAUAGCCAUGGCGCUAGACUUUGAUCUCGAGCAAUAUGAUGUCAAGACAGCUUUCCUAUAUGCAGACAUAGUCGGCGAGGACGUCUACUGCAUACCACCCCCCGAAUGGCGCAAAGGAAAGGAGAAUGUCCGAUGGAAACUCAAGAAAGCCCUGUAUGGAUUGAAAAGUGCUCCAGCUCUCUGGGCUAAGACGUUCGCAAGACACGCCACCAGCUCCGGUUGGAAACAGAGCUUAAACGAACCGUCCAUGUUUUUUCACGGCGAGCGCCGUGUGUGCAUGCUCGCAUACGUGGAUGACAUAGUCUUUCUAGGUCGGAAAGAGGACAUAGCCGCGGUUCGAGGCUCGAUCCUCGACAGGUUCGAACACAAUACGUGUGAACCGCAAAAGCUCGAGGACGGCGGACUACUGUAUAAGUUUCUAGGCAUCAACGUUCUCAAGAAGAGACGCAGACUGGCCUUGAGUCAAGAAAAUCUGGUCGAUAAGAUUCUGCAGGACUUUGACCCAGAUAAAACUCUGAAAGAGUGCGAUACUCCCAUAACACGGGCGGAGAUAGAUCGUUUCGAAAAAGAGCUUUCUGAGAAAUCUCGCCCGAAAAUCGCUACACGCGUACAAAAAUCGACCUACCGGAAGUUUGUCGGUGCGGUCAUGUACCUAUGUACAUCAACACGGUAUGACAUUGCGUAUGUCGUUCAAUACCUAUCCACAUGUCUAGAGGAGCCCACGCCAGUGGCCCUGCGAGUGUGUGAUCGAUUAUUAGGAUAUCUUCGCAAGACGCGGAGCUUCGCCCUAGACAUUGAUGGUCGCGACGGUGACUUAACUCCAAAAGCUUGGUCAGAUGCUGACUGGGGAACAUGUAAAAAGACCCGUAGAUCGGUCAGUGGAGGUCUCGUCGAAUUAGGCCAAACCAAGUGCACGCCUAUCGCGUGGCGAAGUAAAAAGCAGCCUGUCGUAGCACUGUCAACGACAGAAGCGGAGCUUAUAGCCGCGACUGAAAUCGCGCGGGAGGCAGUUUACCUCCGGAGACUACUUCAGGAAUCUCUUGAAAAUCUAGGCAAUAGCCGACAAUCAAAAUCGACGGAUCCGCAUGGCCGUUUGAAAAAGUCUUUAGCUCCAAUUCCUUUAAUGAUCGAUAACCGAAGCGCGAAAGCGGUCGGCGAAUCGCCAGAAGUUCGUCGGGUCAAGCAUAUGGAUCUUAAAUUACUCUGGAUCCGCCAAGUUGUCGGAGAAGGGAAAUUAGAUCUACACUUCUGUCCCACUGACGAGCAAAAGGCAGACAUCUUCACAAAGGCACUUAAUAAGCCGACAUUUGUGAGUCUAUGCCAUAAAAUCGCAGGAACAAAACCCAAAAAGUAAACUUAAUUUUUUUUCUACUCAUCGAGGUUCGUUGUCGGAUCUCGUGUGUAUUGAUGCUUGCAUCUGUUAAGUUCGUUAAACGUUAUCGGAUUUUCAUGCAUAUUCUUGUUUACUGUUUCGAAAUUUGUUUUUCGUCGAUUUCUAGCUGGGUUCUAGUCAUAAAUAUUUAGUGCGCGUAUAGUAUUUCUUCAAUAGUUUACCGCUGUAUUUUGUAAUUAUCUAACAAUAUAGAUUAAGAUUACAACUACCCAAAACAAAAACAAAAUGUCGGGCUUCGCGAGAGUAAUCGUUCCGAAGGAGCCUCAACGACUACAAGGGACGGAAGCUUGGCGUCAAUCUUUGAUGUCAGCAAUCCGAGGUAACGAGGUGUCACUUGCUACAAGACCCCCUUCGCCUGCUUUUCCAGCUGAUCUCGGAAUAAAGAGUCACAUCUUCUACGAGAUCACUGAGCGACACGUCGCAACUUUGAAAGGAUGUAGGUCGGACGGCGACUACGCAAAAGCAUUCCAACUAUGCUUAUCGUGCAUGCUUGUCCAAGAGGAGAAUGUUUGGAAGGAGUGGAUAAUCAACCACGGCCCGAACAUGAAUUCUCACUACAGUCGACAGUGCUCGGAUAUGGGUCUUGCUCUGCAGACUGAGUAUUGGGACCUGGCAAGGAAAAUGAGGAAAGAAGGAAGCGCAUUCUUCCACAAUUGCAUUCUCCGUUUAAUUUACGCUCGGGAGACGGUGAGUAACCUGGAUGUCGUUGGAUCUAUGGGAGUUAUGGAGAAUACAAUUAACCUCGUUCAAGCCUGCCCAACGUCGACGCGGGUGCCCCACAAAAUGGCACCUGGGAAGCAGACUCCUUCUUCUUCUAGUAGUUCCAGUAGUAGCAGUAGUUCGGCGACGAAGAACAGCAGCAGCUACCACAAAGGAAAGGGGAAGCAAGCGGUGCAGCAGCCGCACAAAGGAGACAAAAGCAAAGGCAAAAAGGGGAAAGGUAAACAAGAAGACGGGGGAGCAAAAGGGCCGCCGCUGAAGAAAGCCAGAAAAAAGGGAGAAGCAGCACCAGCAGAGGCAGCACCGGCGGAAGCAGCCGCUGCCCCUGAGGAAAACGGAGAAGAACAAAACAACACUGAGAAUGUUGCUGAAGAAGACUUUGGAGAAGAACUCUAAGUCUUAUACUUGGCUACGUAGAAAUAGCCUAUGUUUCUAAUAUUGUGCAACAAAAAUUAUUCAUCUUCAGUCAUAACAUGCAUCAUGCUUUUUCCGUAUUGUAUUCAUUCGCUGGAAUACAGUCGAACUUGCAACCACUAUUAUUAUUGUAAUCUACACGUCAUUCAUUCGAUGGAGUAUAGAUUAAGGGGGGAUAUGAUCCAGUUCCCCUGUUCUGCAAAUGAUAGAAAUAAGAAGAUGAAGAAGAUGAACACGAUGAUCCUAGUACUUUCAUGAAUAUGAAGAUCAUCAACAGCAUGAACAUGAUGGAAAUCAUUGCAAUCCCAUAGUGACAAAGAUCACACCACUGGAGUAAGUACCAUGCUAAUGAUGUGGAUCCUUAUCGUGAUACUUAUGAGCAAGAAGGUCCACACAUUUGACAACUUUGCAACCGCAUGAGAAUCAUGCAAAACCUUCACAAUUUGCACAACUGAAACAGGCCGGGAAUUAUAAAAAAAACGCAUCACCACAAGGGUGAAAAUAUACAGUCCUAGUGUUCACAAACAUUCAACAUAUUUACCGACUUGUCCUUAAUAUGCUGACUGCUUCAGCUGCACUAAGUGGACGACCAGUAGUUGUUCCGAUUCUAGGGAUCUCCUUGUUUCCAAUUCGCAAACUGGGGAGAGAUAAUCCCUGAGGCUAUGCAGACCAUGAAAACUAAUAGUGGGAAGGAGUCGCCAGGGAAAUGUUAGGCAGAUUGCCGAAUAGGUUCACGGGCUCAGUUCUAACAUGGGACGACCUCGACGAUAUGGCAACGCUAGUGGACACGAGACUGACGAAGGUAUUCUGGUUGCAAGACCCGAGCUCGAAGGUUCACAGACUACAGCGGCAGCUGAACUUUGUGUAUAACGGGAUCAAGCACACAGCUGAACUUCGUAACAAAGUGGAGUGGCUAUUAAGACGAUCGAUCAUCGACGCAUCCCUCAGACAAAAGCUGUUGACAAUUAAUAUCUUAUUUGUUUGUCACUUGAUCAUGAACAACUGGGGAACAACUAUAUACAUAGUUUUAUCUUCAACAUACAUCGGUGAAAAGUUUAAGCAAAAGAUGCGACUAAGGAAACGAUGCGAGCCGUGGUUGCUCUAAGAUUAGCGGCUAAGAAAGACGUCGACGAACAGGACUGGUGGCUGAACAAGAAGAAGAGCGACCUCGUAUACGUUACAGAGGACGUCAUCGCCUGCCAUGAGCAAAAGCGGAGGAGAGUGCUGGUUGAGGAUCUGAAAGACGCGACGCAGAAGUGCAACAAGCAGGAAGGUUGGUACCGAGUUAAGGCUCCCUAGUCCUGGUCGUAAUUCUAAUUUUGUAUCUCCAUACUUCUUCAUUCCAAUUUUCAAUCGUUUUCACUCUCUCAUACAUAGGAUGCAAGUUCGUCACUGUGGUUCUAUCAUCUCUAAGCAUAGCGCUCAGGACACGCUGAAUCACGUCGAACUGAAUGAAUUUUUGUGCGACUGGUUAGACAAGUGGAUGCGGGAGGGGAAAAUGCCAUGUCUCACGGACGAAGAGAAAAAAACGCGGAUCGAUCAGAUUUUUCUACUGUACUUAUGGCGAUUGGGGUAGGGGUUGGCAACUUGUAAUAAGUACAUGACUGUAAAUAAAAGUGAUAGACUCCUGACAGAACAUUCACUGCACUUUUUCGCUGCAUAAAAACUCAAUGAUCUAGGUGCUUAUACUACAUUUGCGUCUUCAAAUAUCAAUUCUAUACAUGGUUUGUCCCUUCUAGCAUGAUUGUGUUCUGCUUAAAUUCUGUAGCUGUCGUCCAAGAAGUAUUCAAAAACUCUAUAUUGAAGAAGUGUGGAUUGAAGACGUAACACUAAAAGAGAUAUAUUUUUUGACACCCCCUUAUUCAAGACGUGUUGACCGUCCCAAAAGAUGUGAUCAUCCCAGUGUGUUGCAGUGCUCUUCGCAAAAGAGGCUGUAAUCUCAAUCUGUUCCAUUAGACGCUCACACGGAGUCUUUUUGUACCUUGUCACCUAUGAGAAUCAAUCAAUUGAUAAAGUGCUCGAUUCGGGGACUCUUCCUCUUGUGUUCUGGACAGUAAAAAUUCAUGUCGACCUCUAGCACCUCUUUCCCAGAGACAGACGUGUCAAUGUCCUCAAUCGUGCUUCUCGAAAGUCCUGCUUUUUGUCAUGCAGAAAUCCGAAUUUCGAAUCGAAUCAGGAAUCUAUCUCGUGGAAAUCCUUCAAUAAACUUUUAUCAGAAGUUAGGUAG